AUGGGGUGUUGUGUCUCAACAAGCUAUAGAAGCAAUGGCGAGGCGGGGUCUUCGUCUUGCUUAGAAUUGGGACUAUGUUGUCAGAAGAGGGAAAGGAAAACAUUCUCUGAUCAUGUUGUUUCUCUGCAUAAGUUGUCUUCUUUGCCGAACAGAAUAUUCGCGAAUGGAAAGAGUCGGUCUUCUUGUAUAUUUACGCAGCAGGGGCGUAAGGGUGUUAAUCAGGAUGCCAUGAUUGUAUGGGAAGAUUUUGGGUCAGAAGAUGUGAUAUUUUGUGGUGUUUUUGACGGCCACGGUCCACACGGUCACCUUGUCGCGCGCAGAGUUAGAGAUUCAUUACCGGUGAAACUGCUUUCAUUUUUGCAUUCUUCUGAAUUCGGUAAAGCUUGUUUCAAGAGGGAUGUAAAGCCUGAAAGUGGAGAGGCUGAGAAUGAUUUCUCUGCUGAGAAUGAGGUGAAUUCUAUGUGGAGAGAAGCUUUCUUGAAGGCAUACAAAGCUAUGGACAAAGAGCUGAAGUCUCAUGCAAAUUUGGACUGUUUCUGUAGUGGAAGCACAGCAGUGAGUGUAGUGAAACAAGGAUCAAAUUUGUUCAUGGGAAAUAUUGGUGAUUCGAGAGCAAUCAUGGGAUCCAAAGAUAGCAAUGACUUGAUGGUAGCGAUUCAGCUGACAGUUGAUUUAAAACCUGAUUUGCCAAGAGAAGAGGAAAGAAUUAAAAGUUGCAAGGGUAGGGUAUUUGCAUUGCAAGAUGAGCCAGAAGUUCCUAGGGUAUGGUUACCUUUUGAUAAUGCACCUGGAUUAGCAAUGGCUAGAGCAUUUGGAGAUUUUUGCUUGAAGGAUUACGGUGUGAUUUCUGUACCGGAAUUUACGCACCGGCUUCUCACUGAUAAAGACCAGUUCAUUGUUCUUGCCUCAGACGGGGUAUGGGAUGUUUUGAGCAAUGAAGAGGUGGUGGACAUAGUAUCAUCAGCACCGAGUCGAACGUCUGCAGCAAGGGUUCUGGUGGAAUCCGCGGCACGAGAGUGGAAACUCAAAUAUCCAACUUCGAAAAUGGAUGAUUGUGCUGUUGUGUGCCUAUUUUUGGAUGGAAAAAUGGACUUAGAAGAAUCUGAUGGAGAUGAACAAUGCUAUUCUUCUGCAACAACCCAGAGCUACAAUCAUUCAGGUAAUCCAGUUGAGUCGGACAAUGGUAAGAAAUCCGAGCCUUCUUUGCGAAGAAACUUCACAGUGAGAACCUCAGAAGAAAACGAGACAUUUGGAAUAGGAGGAGGAGAAUCUAUUGAUGUUGAAGAUGGAACAUCAUCAGCAGCAGAUCAAAACUGGUUAGGUCUAGAGGGUGUCACGCGAGUAAACUCACUGGUACAACUUCCUAGAUUUUCUGAAGAAAAGCCUAACUCUUGA